GAGUGGAUAGUAACGGAGCUGCCGCGGUGGUAUUUAACAGAGAGCCGAGGAGAGCUCAGACAGGACGAAGCAGUAGCUCGACAAACCGGCGCGGUUUCAGCACCUGGACAGCGACACUUGUAGCCCUAAAGCAAACUACUUUUUACCAGCCAUCAUGGUUCUCAUCUGGACUCAGUUCGGUGUGAAGCACAAAAAUGUCAAUGUCAAGUGCAAAGUGCGGGUUAUGCACAGAGGUGACAGCUCAGGCUCAUCAUCAUCAGCGGAAGGCACCAAGUCCGAGCAGGACACGCCCUGCCUGGCCAUCAAACCCACAGGCAAGGACUUCUACAAAGUCCUGGGUGUCUCCCCUGAUUCCAACGAAGACGAGAUCAAGAAGGCCUACAGGAAGAUGGCUCUCAAGUUCCACCCAGACAAGAACAGUGAUGCGGACGCAGAGGACAAGUUCAAAGAGAUUGCAGAGGCCUACGAGAUCCUGACCGACCCCAAAAAGAGAAGCAUCUACGACCAGUUUGGAGAAGAAGGUCUUAAAAAUGGAAUGUCAAUGGCCGGCCAAGGCAGCGUGUUUCGCAAUAACUUCCACACUGACCCCCACGCCACCUUCUCCUCCUUCUUCCACGGCUCCGACCACUUCGACAUCUUCUUCGGCAACGACAACGACGCCGAAGAUGACCUCUUCAACCCCUUUAGAAGGUUCCCCUUCAGCCACGUGGGCGGGUUCUCCGGCGGCGAGGGUGGGCUGCGAAGGGGCCAGCGGCGGCUGCAGGGCGACGAGGUGGUGCACGAUCUGCUGGUGACCCUAGAGGAGGUGAUGCAAGGCUGCACGAAGCACGUGAAGAUCACCCGCAGCCGCCUCAACCCUGACGGCCGCAGCGUGCGAACCGAGGAGAAAGUGCUAAAUGUGGUGGUGAAGAAGGGCUGGAAAGCGGGGACCAAGAUCACCUUCCCCAGGGAGGGAGACGAGACGCCCAACAACACCCCCGCAGACAUCACCUUCAUUCUCAGGGACCAGGAGCACUCGCAGUACAAGAGAGAAGGCUCCAACAUCGUCUUCACGGCCCAGAUCACCCUCAAGGAGGCUCUCUGUGGCUGCACAGUUAAUGUCCCAACACUUGACAACCGGAUGAUGCCUCUACCAUGCAGCGAUGUUAUCAAGCCAGGUGCUGUCCGGCGGCUGAGGGGCGAAGGCCUGCCCCUGCCCAAGAGCCCAUCUCAGCGAGGCGACUUGGUGGUGGAGUUCCAGGUGCUCUUCCCUGACAGGAUCCCACCGCAGUCCCGCGAGAUCAUCAAGCACAGCCUGGCUCAGUGCUAGUCUGCUUUCAUUCACUGACCUGAUUUGACACAGCUUCACCAUGUGUGUAUGUUGUUAUCAAUUCACAAACACAGCCUUGCCUGAGGUGCUAAUUAUCACAACCAAUCACAACCUCUUAUUGUGUUUGGGAACGGCAAGUAGCGCUUAAGUGAGUUGUUGUUCAGCGAGGAGGUGACUUUCUGCAGGCACGACGCACAACACCUACGAUGCCAUCUGAGCAGUGAGUGUAGAAGUGAUGAAUGGGGUCUUUGGUAUCUGAGGGCGUCCAUUGACUCAAUAGCCUUUAUCUUGAAUAAAAGCGUUAUCUGUACUGUUAUACUUGCAAGCCUUUAGCAGGAUAUCAGUGUGCUAUUCAAGUCUGUAUAGACUUCCUUAAACCUGAAUGGUAGAAGAAGAAAAAACUUUAUUAUAGUUAUAUGGUGCUCAUAUGACCGAUCUUUUGCAUUGAUUUAUUACAAUAGCAUAUAUACUUGUGUACAAGGAUCUACUUUGUGUACAAAAUGCAAACAUAUUGUCUCUAAGAGAGACUCAUCUGUCAAAUGUUCUAUUGAAUUAUUUGAAAAUGAUUGUAUAUAUUCUGCGAGGAGCCAGCAGUUGGUGUAUGAUUAUUACCUGAUAUAGAAAUGUU